AUGCUGUCAAAGACGCUACCGCGCUUAUCAAUUUGCAAUUCUGUUCUCCGCACGUACACUGGUGAACCGAUAAGUGUCCUCGGUAAAUUCCCGGUAAAGGCACACUUCGGCGACAGGAUACAGACGCUUCCAGUAUAUGUGGUCUCCGGAGAUCGCCCAAAUCUGCUUGGAACGGGCUGGAUACGCGGAUUUCCGGAUACACUGGAGGUAGUAAAAACAUUCGCAAAGGUUCCGGGACUUAAAGUAUUACUAAUGCAAUAUUCAGUUGCCACAGCCGUAGGGCUACGACAAGUAAAGGAUUUUCAG